CUGAUGUAUUAGUUGUUGCUUCAGUCCUUAGACCAUGAUUAUCGCUGAUCCUUAAGGAGGAUUUUAAACAAAACAAAAUAAUUGAUUUAAUUAAAUCAAAACUAAAUAAAAGGAAGAUAACCGAUCCUUAACUUGGGAUUUUAAGACCGAUCUUUAGCGCGUGUCAGCAAAUCAUCAAAUCUUUUUUUUUUUGUUUCUCGUUGGAUCGCUUUCUCUUCCUUGACAAUUCCGUCGAAUCUCUCCGAUUUCAACAAUGACGACUUCUGAUUCGAGCUCUUCCCCUUCAUCAUCCUAUCCUAUCGAUGAUGAUGAGGUUGCAUCGGCCAAGGGGAAUAUUGGCGGAUUUAGCAACGGAGGAGAGGAGAUAGAGGCGUCGUCAAGGGCGGAGCAUCCGGUGGAAACGGAGGCAGGGGAGGACCGCCGAGUCCGACGAGCAGCGGCGGAGCUUCCUUCCUCUACUUACAAAGCUGACGAUGCCAGCAAGGAUAUGAUUCGGGUGUGGACGAUGACAUUGACACCGCCUCGCAGCAUGAAGCCGUGUGCUUGCCUGGGAAACGCCAUGUCGACGAGCUUCACCUGGAGACUCGAUUUCUUCAUCCUUAUGUAACAGGAGCUGAUGGCUGAAGAACUUCAGACCUCAACUUUACUCUGCUGCUGAUUACUGUCACAAGUCUUAUCUCCACAGCGAACAGAAUCAAAUGAAUAUACUGUAAAGGCUUUGGUGAAUGCUGUUCAUCACAUGGGAACUGUUGCUUCCAAGCUUACUCAUCUCUCUGAUCAGCAGAGUUCUGACAAAUCAACUAUGGAGCUGAGGGCUUCUUGUGUUAGCCAG